GUAGGUCGGCUUUGUUAUUGCUCCUUGUCGUUGGUCCUCGACGAUAUCGCAUCACUUCCAUUCGCAAGCGACGGGCGCUAACAAUUCUUUCCGCUUCCUGAAGCUUCGGCCAGAACUUUUGACCAUUUGCGGGGAACCCUCAACAACAACGACCCCCCAGAACCAUCGCUAGGAACAACCGGUAUCCCCUCCUAGACCAAGAUGUCCUCGACGGCGAUUGUGCACAACGACGAUCUCAUGGAGCCCACGCUCCAGUCGAUCGUCAACCAGAAGACCCUGCGAUGGAUUUUCGUCGGAGGAAAAGGUGGUGUCGGAAAGACAACAACCUCGUGCUCCCUCGCAAUCCAGCUUGCCAAAGUUCGCAAGUCUGUCCUGCUCAUCUCCACUGACCCCGCACACAACCUGAGUGAUGCCUUUGGCCAGAAGUUCGGAAAGGAGGCUCGUCUCGUCGAUGGAUAUACCAACCUCAGUGCGAUGGAGGUCGAUCCGAACGGCAGCAUCCAGGAUCUCCUUGCGAGCGGCGAAGGCCAAGGUGACGACCCAAUGGCUGGGCUUGGGGUUGGAAAUAUGAUGCAGGACCUGGCUUUCAGCAUCCCCGGUGUUGAUGAAGCCAUGUCAUUUGCCGAAGUCCUCAAGCAGGUCAAGUCGCUAUCCUAUGAGGUCAUCGUCUUCGAUACUGCUCCUACCGGCCACACGCUUCGUUUCCUCCAGUUUCCCACAGUCCUCGAGAAGGCUCUCGCAAAGCUCUCGCAGCUAUCGUCCCAGUUUGGCCCUAUGCUGAACUCGAUUCUCGGAGCUCGCGGUGGGCUGCCAGGUGGCCAGAACCUUGAUGAGCUUCUGCAGAAGAUGGAGUCUUUGAGAGAAACGAUUGCCGAGGUCAACACUCAAUUCAAGAAUGCCGAUAUGACCACCUUUGUCUGCGUCUGCAUCGCAGAGUUCUUGUCACUGUAUGAGACCGAGCGCAUGAUCCAAGAGCUGACAAGCUACGAGAUCGAUACACACGCUAUUGUUGUCAAUCAGCUUCUGUUCCCUAAGCAGGGCAGUGACUGCGAGCAAUGCAAUGCGCGAAGAAAGAUGCAGAAGAAGUACCUGGAACAGAUCGAAGAGUUGUACGAAGACUUCAACGUUGUCAGGAUGCCGUUAUUGGUUGAAGAGGUCAGAGGAAAGGAGAAGCUUGAGAAAUUCAGCAACAUGCUUGUGAACCCAUACGUCCCCCCGCAGUAAGAGGUGUAGCUAUAUAAUAAGUUUCGGAUGAAGUUGCAGAAUUUGGCCUGAUACCGUUGUUUGCAUGAGUUAUGAGAAUGAAAUAGACAAUAAUACACGAUGCAUUCUGAUGCACUGCCCUUUGUUUAUGCCUUACUGUAUCUGUCGGGUUACUAUUCCCAAGGGCCAAGUUUGUUCAUCUUUGUUCAUUUGGUUCCAGCUGGCUGGAUCCAUGCUUUCUUUUGUCCUUCCCCGUUGCAGUUCUCCUCCCUCUACUUCUCAUCACCAUUGCGCGCCCUGCCAUUUCUCAUCUCACUGCUCAUCCAUACUAGGGAUCGACGCCGGCUUACUGGCUCUUACAAUGUUCGCCGCAGCGCCUCAUUCUCGCCUUCUUGAGGCGGCCGGCACUCGUGUCAACAACCAUCACACGAUCACCUUCCUUCACGGAUCUCCAGCUUAGCGCCCCAGCAGGGCAAGAGGGCAACAGCCUGUCUUGACUGAUAGGCCGAGCUGCCUUGGCC